ACAUGCACGCGCACAUACACUCGCACACAUACAAAGCCCCAAUCUGUCACGUAUGAUCUUCAUCCUCCUCCUCCUCCUGUCUCUCUCCAGUUCUCCAGCAGCCUCCUCGCUGACUCCCCACCUGCUUCUGUCCAGGACCAGAUUUCACGGAUAAAAUCCACAAGAACACUUCUAUGAUGUCGUCGGUCCUACAGAAGUUGAUCAGCCCUCUGCCUGGUAGUUCCACUGAGCCCCCCAGGAACAAAGUGACGGUGGUGGGGGUGGGCCAAGUGGGUAUGGCCUGUGCGAUCAGCAUCCUCCUGCGGGAUCUGUGUGAUGAGCUGGCUUUGGUGGACGUGAUGGAGGAUCGUCUGAAGGGAGAGGUGAUGGACCUGCAGCAUGGCAGCCUUUUCCUUAAGACCUCCAAGAUUGUUGCAGACAAAGACUACGCAGUGACGGCCAACUCUCGCUUGGUCGUGGUGACAGCCGGAGUCCGUCAGCAGGAGGGCGAGAGCCGCCUCAACCUGGUACAGAGAAACGUCAAUGUCUUCAAGUCCAUCAUCCCUCAGAUAAUUAAGUACAGCCCACAGUGCACUCUCAUCGUUGUCUCCAACCCUGUGGACAUACUGACUUAUGUGACGUGGAAGCUGAGCGGCCUGCCCAAGCAUCGCGUCAUUGGCAGCGGCACCAACCUGGACUCGGCUCGCUUUCGCUUCAUGAUGGCCGAGCGCCUCGGCAUCCACGCCAGCUCCUUCAACGGAUGGGUCCUGGGCGAGCACGGGGACACCAGCGUGCCUGUGUGGAGUGGCGCAAAUGUCGCUGGGGUCAACUUGCAAAAACUGAAUGCUGAUAUCGGCACUGAUGCUGAUAAAGAACAAUGGAAUGCCACACAUAAGGCUGUGGUUGACAGUGCCUAUGAGGUGAUAAAGCUGAAGGGUUACACCAACUGGGCCAUCGGCUUGAGCGUGGCCGACCUGACCGAGAGCAUCGUCAAGAACAUGAGUCGUGUCCACCCUGUUUCCACCAUGGUCAAGGGCAUGCAUGGCAUUGGGGAGGAGGUCUUCCUGUCCCUGCCGUGCGUGCUGAACAGCAGCGGCGUGAGCAGCGUCAUCAAUGUCAGCCUGACGGAGGCCGAAGUUGCCCAGCUGAAGAAGAGCGCCGACACUCUGUGGGGCAUCCAGAAGGGCCUCAAGGACGUGUAAGCUUCAGAAGUAGGCCGCCAUGAUCCAGAGAUGCCAGUCAACAUGCACAAUUUUAUCAUUUCAUGUCAUUCCUCUGUGUCGGACUUUGAUCAUUCUGUUCACGCACAACGCCGGUGUUUUUCAAUCACGACACGAUGAAGUGUUAAGCACAUUUUCUCCUAAGCUGUGAGUAAAUUGAAGUGUUUUUGUCGGUUUUUGUGUUUUUGAUUGUUUCCGCUGUUUUACGCCAGAUUCAAGCACAACCAAAAUGUUUGUUCGUCUGUGUAUUUCAUCAAAUUCCCAUACUCAAUGUGAAAGAAAUAGAGAACCUGAUGUAUCCGGAGGGAACCCAAACUGUUUUCCUCUUGCCUUUGUGUCUUAUGAAGCAGUUUUUCCAGAGCACAUUUAGGUUAGUACAAAAGACCUUGAGAGCGCACAAGUUGUAAGUGUCUGAUUCUGUGAUAGAAGCACUUAAUAAAUGAAUUCAACCACCUGACAAA